UUUCACGUCACCAAGAACAUCGCCCUUCCUAUAUUGCGGUUCUCUGCUAUUCUCGCAAGGCUCAUCUCCUGGUGCUCGGACACACACAACGCUAUUACGACGCAUUUCUACGCCAACAUGUCCUAUCCUUCCGGAGACAACGCGCCACACGCGACAGAUGAUAUAGGACAUGUUCCAGAAGCCGCAGGAGGAGACCAUGACAACACCACCACGAACGAUGGUCCUUCAGAGUCUUCCGUCGAUGUGCCACAUAUUCCGAUCGUGCUUUCCCAACAAACAGCUUUGUUGAACCUCAUUAUCCAGAACACCCUAUUGUCACUUGACGGCGACACUCUCAAUGUGCCCUUCGGAACACCGCACGGCCGUCAACAUCAUCGUAUGCCGUCAACACACUCUAUCCUUUCAAUAGGUCCGCGGUGGCUGCCUUGUCUUUCUUGGACAAUGCCAUAUUUGGCCUCGACACCCCCUCAGCUUGUGGAGGGCAAAUCGUACGAAACUACUAUCAACCGGCUUCCUCCAGAGGUUCUAUCCCUGAUAUUCGUAGCAGCUACUCCUGCCGAGCCGACAAUCUACUGGCGAUACAUGCCACUGGUCGUCAGUUGGGUGUGCAGCUACUGGAGACAGGUGGCCAUAAACGCUCCUGAGCUCUGGAAGUACUUAAACCUCGUCUCCUGCUCCGAUUACCAUGCACACCGCCAUUGGGACUUGGAACGCAUGUUCAUGCGGAGGUCAAAGUACGCCGGGAUCAAUAUCUCCUACGCGGACGAAUUUACCUUCUUGUUGGCACACGUUGACGACCCCGCCGAGCAGAGAUGCCUUUGCGCGCCCGACUUUGUCAUGGCCAACAUUUCGGAGAUCCGCGAUCUUGACCUGGGCGUGUAUCGCUCGUCGAUCUGCCGAUUGUCAACACUACCACCUGGCGCGGCGACGUGCUUGCGGAACCUGCGCAUCAAAUUCUAUGGGUACGAAGACCGUGCCCAAGCGAAGGCGCUUUCCUCCCUGCUGUUGACUUCGCCACGGCUUCGGAGCUUGUCGUUGACGAGCGACUUCCUUCUUCGCGAGGGCUCGCUCGAUAACCUCAUUCCGUGGCCUCAGCUUGUCCGUGUAGAGCUCGCCAGCUACCCCAUGUCGUUCUAUGCAUUCGCCGAGAUGCUGACGACUGGCGUGCUUUUGGAACAUGUCAGCGUCUGCCUCACACCGGGUAUUCGGCCGCAUGCGCUCGCCAACGUCCGAGUCAGCCAGACGACCGUUGAAAAACUCGACAUCGUCGGAUUCGGACCUCUGGACGAUGUCUUCCGAGCGCUCCAUCUCCCGGCGCUCCGGAACCUCAAGCUGCACAUGCAAUUCAAGCUCGAUGAUGCGAGACUUAGCGAAUGGCCGUGCGCUGAUCCCCGCGUCCUUCGCGACUUCAUCGCGGAUGGUACGACGCCGCUGGACAGCCUCUCCCUCUCUCCGGGCGGCACGAUCAACGAAGACGCCCUCCUCGACAUCAUCGCGCUCCCCAAGAUGGCCAAUCUCACUCACCUCGAAGUGCAGAACGUGUUAUACAUCGGCGACAGACUCUUCGACGCGCUGCUUCCGGGGCGCAAUGGCGCGCCCCUCCUUCCCCGGUUGAAGACGUUGGAGCUGGGGCGGUGUUCCACCAGCGACGGCAUAAUCUCGCAUAUGCUGCGCUGGCGCAUGAAGCACCAGUACCCCUUAACUCGACUGGAAGUCAUGUUCAUGGUUGGAGGAUGCGGACGUGGUAGACAUCAUGGGAAGGAUAUGACCGCGUUCAAGCGCGCGAGGGAUGCGGGGGUUUACGCAAAGGGACAUCGUUGAAUAUUGUGGACUAUAUACCCGUGGUCUUUCUCGGUCAGUCUGCUUCGUUAGCUAUCAUGCUGGCAUAGGAGGCUCAGAGGCUACCAGUACAAGCUAGCCAUGUUCAACUACACUACACUACGCGCCUUUGCGCUCAUAAUCUAGCUAGAGAAGCCCCGUCUUCAGUCCUUUCCUGUG